UCUCGCGUCUCUCAGCAGUGCCAACAGACCGCGCGCAUAGUGUGCGCACUACGUCUGUUCGACCAAUCCGAUUACGAGUCCACUUUCUGCCUCGCCGCGAAAAGAAUUUACUGAUCACUGACAGAUUCCAACAGAAACUGGAUUGCGGAAAGCGUCUCUCGACUUUCUUCGCGCUCGAGUGAUCGUGUCAGUGCAUCCAAACGCACAACGGCAGUUCUUCGUCCCUCUCCUGUUUUAAUCGGUUCUCUCGAGGCGGGAAUGCGAGCCGUGUACGACCCGACAGCGACAGAGAACGUCAAACGCGUUCUUCACGUUGUUCGAUAAUCUCUGUUUCUCGCUCUUACUUCCUCACUCUCACACUUGAUCUCUGUGGUGUGACGAUGCUCGCGAGAUCAUACGAGUUGCGAAUAAUGUCGGCACGAUAAGUUUUUUGUAAUCCUUGGUCCUUGGGGAGUCGAGCAGCGCGCUCGACGGAUACUCAACGUCAUGACGCGUCUACGGGGUCGCGCCUCGCUGAUGGCCGUCGUGUCGGUCAGCUUCAUCCUGCUUGUCGUCAUUUACCAUAUCCUGAGCAAUGAGAUCGACGAGAUGUCGUCGGGUAAGAUCGGUGCACGAGUGAGGACAGACGACGCGUAUCCCCCGGAUGAACUCGCGGACGGCUCUCAGGGCGCUGCCGACGGCACUCCGCUGUUCAAAGGCCACAAGAUCGUCCACCUCGAUCUCAAGGGUGCCCCACCGAAGGUGAGCUAUUACAGCUACCUGUUCCCGCUGCUGCGUAAGCUAGGUGCUACCGGUGUACUUAUGGAGUAUGAAGACAUGUUUCCAUUUACUGAGGACAUCCAUGCUGGUAAUGCAUACUCUAAGAAGGAUAUCGCACAAAUACAAAAUAUAGCUAAGAAUAAUCAGCUGACUGUUAUACCACUGGUGCAAACCUUUGGUCAUAUGGAAUUCGUCCUCAAGUUGGACAAGUAUAAGGAUUUCAGGGAAGUUCCACGUUAUCCACAAGUUCUGUGUCCCACUUACAACAAAACGCUUCCGUUAAUAUACGAGAUGAUCAACCAAAUUGUAUCUGUUCAUCCAGCAUCAAAAUACUUGCACAUAGGCGCGGACGAAGUUUAUCAGAUAGGAGAAUGCUCAAGAUGCCUGGACGUCAUGACUAAGAAGCAGUGGGGCAAACGACAAUUGUUCCUAGAUCACGUUUCCUCGGUGGUAAAAUAUAUCAAAGACAAAUAUCCAGAAUUGACUGUGCUUAUGUGGGACGAUGAAUUUCGUGAUAUAUCGUCGCAAGAGAUCAUUGACAGGGGUUUGCACUUGACAAUCGAGCCAGUUGUGUGGAAGUAUACUACCGAUCCCGGUACAACGUUGACGGAUCAAUUGUGGGAGAGUUAUGCUGCGGUGUGGAAGCAGAUUUGGGUAGCGACGGCGUUCAAAGGUGCGACGUCACCAGACAGAUAUUAUACGGACAUUUCGUAUCAUGUGGAGAACCAUCAACGUUGGUUGGAAAUCAUCCAAAGAUAUUCGAGUCAAAUCACGUUCAAAGGUGUCAUGUUAACCGGCUGGCAGAGGUACGAUCACUUCAGUGUCCUUUGCGAAUUGCUGCCGGUGGGAUUGCCAUCUCUUGCUAUCAAUUUAGCCGUGCUACAAGCGUCGGAUCUAAAUAGCUUUCCCAUGGAAUUGCCUGCUCAUAUAUCCGAGGCUUUACAAUGCGACGGUAUUAUCUCAUUGAGCAUACCGGAACCGCAGUAUGGCUGGACCAAGUGCAGCUUCCACGGAGUAUCAGUAUACGCUGCUAUUUUGCGACUUUAUAGCUUGACGCAGGAGGUGAUGAAGAUGGAACAAGAUAAUACCUACAAAGGAUGGUUAAAACCAUACAAUAUUAAGUAUUCCUUCGCGAGUCCUAGUUAUGUCGAACGUGCGGUAACCGACCUGGACAGACAUAAAAUGGAGAUAAUGUAUAUCGAGAAAGAGAUGCGUACAGCUAUGGAAGAUAUUUAUGAUAAUUAUACGAUAGAAGAGUGGCUUGAGACAUAUAUCGCACCUCUAAACGAUAAGCUUAACCAACUGUGGGAGACUAAGGAGAAGCUUUUAGAGAAAAAUACAUGGUCAAGGAGACCUCUCAUAAAAAUUGAUUUAUAAUGGAAAACGCUAUUUUCUACAGAGUAGAGACGAAAGAUAUUAAUCAUAUUCUUUGUGGUAUAGUAAGAGACUGAGAAUUCCAUCAAGACGCUAAGAGAAAAGGACAAUUAUUCUUCAAAAAUGGCGUGGAUAAUCAAUGAAACGUAAAAGUUUUCAACUCAUAAUUUUACAUCUUGAACAAUCGUUACAUGUACAUAAUAUGUGAUAACUUGUAAUUUAAUAAGGAAGUAUCAAAUCCAUAUUGCACCGUCCGUAAAUAUUUUUAGCUAUCUCGUUCAUCUUAGUGAAAAUAAUUAUCUGAUAGAAUUAAUAAUUAAGAUUUCGGACUUAGAUUACGAGUUUCUUAAUGCCCUAGAACGUUAAUUACGUUCAUAUAAUAAAUAUCGACAUAUCGAUGAUAAUACUUCCUUUGAAUUCCUAAAAUUUUCAAUAAAUGCCUGUUCUCAGUGAUAAUUUAUAAUGAUACAUAGCGUAAAGAUACCAAUUUACUCGUAAAUGAAACAAAUAUAUGUUGUGACAAAUAAUUUAUUAAGAACUUUUUACAAUAUAAGAAAAAGAUUUAUACUUUAUGAUUUUUUAGAUUUAAAUUAUUUUAUUUGUAUUAUACCUACUAUAUGCACUAUUAUAUUAGACAAAGUUCUUCUUUCCAAUCAUGUGUGUACAGAUUACCCUUCCAUUCUUCGUGUUACGUCUUCUAAUUCUAAUUCUAAUUAUAAAUUGCCUGUUCGCGACAGAACAUGAUCUAUAACUAGAUUUUAUUGAUGCGUUCUUCAAAAACAUAUAUUUACAGUAAAUUUAAAUAGUUACAUAUUUAUCAAUAUAUUGACGUAAUAUCUGCAGUUUUAGUAAGAAUGUCGUGCCAUAAGCAGAUAAUUAUGAUUUAUUUGUUAAUUACCUGAGGCUGUACAAAAAUGAGAAAGAAUAUAUAUUCUCUGAAAUAUAUUCUUAUGAAAAUCGCUAUACGCCAUUUUUGUUUUUGCGCAGUUUUUCUAUAUUAAGUCUUCUGUUCCAUUUUAUUAUACGAGUUUUCGAGGAACGCAUCUUACAUAGCAUAAUAUUUAAUCAAUCUUUCUAUCAAUUUUGGAUUCUUCUGUAAAUUUAUAAUGUAUACACCAAUCGCGUUUUGUGCAUAACAUUAUGGGCUCUGUUAUUAUUAUUUGAUCAUAAUUAUCAAUGUAUAAAAGUAUUUUUAAUCUUGUUAUAUAGAUUUAUAUUGUAUGUAAUUAUUACCACAAUUAACGAGAUACGAUUAAUAAAUCUGUUUUUAAAUCUA